CAUGGAAGAGGGGUCUGAUUUGGGGCCGGGGAGGGGGGUUCAUGGGUAUUUGAGAGCUAAGGCACCCAGUACCCAGGUUGAGUGCUACAGAACGCAACCCUCUCAACAUCCGUUGUCAGUCUUGCACCGCUCAAGAUGCCUCAGUUGAAGCACCUCGCCCUCGGCCUCGCUGGCCUCCUGAGCCAGGUGGGCCGAGUGUCCAGCCAGGACCCAGGCCCGUUCGAUCCGGCCACAGCCAACAUCCCGCCCAUGCUGCGCUUCCAGUGCUCGCAGCUCGUGGUCGAACGUCUCGAUCCGUUGGUCAACCCCGGGCAGGCGCCGUCUCCCCAUCUUCACCAGAUCGUCGGCGGCGAUUCCUUCAACGCGAGCAUGACGCACGACCUCGUGGCUGAGUCGGGCUGCACGUCGUGCACCUUCUCCGAGGACUUCUCCAACUACUGGACGGCAGUGCUGUACUUCCGCGCGCGCAACGGCACGUACAAGCGCGUGCCGCAGAAGCCGAGCGAGGGGCUCAAGGGCAUCGGUGGCAUCACCGUCUACUACAUCCCGCCGCUCGGCGAGAACAAGACGACGGCCUUCAAGCCCGGGUUCCGCAUGCUGGUCGGCGACGCCACCCUGCGCGGGCCCGCGGACCCAGCUAGAGUCGACCCCAAGGUCUGCCACCGCUGCAUGCCUCUCACGGGCGACAACAACAACCUUAACUGCGCGGCCCCCGAUAGCAUCACGCUGCCCCACAAGUUCUGCGCCGGCGGCAUCCGGAGCGUCAUCACCUUCCCUACGUGCUGGGACGGCGUCAAUCUCGAUAGCGCCGACCACAAGAGCCAUGUUUCAUAUCCGGCCGUGCCGACUGCUCCGGGUGACUAUGAUUACGACGGAGGCGUGUGUCCCGACAGUCACCCAGUCAGGAUCCCGCAGGUCAUGUACGAGGUUGUCUGGGAUACCACACCUUUCAACGAUCCAGAUCUUUGGCCCUUGGACAAGACGGAGCAGCCCUUUGUCUGGAGCACCGGUGAUGACCACGGAUACUCCCAGCAUGGCGAUUACGUUUUCGGGUGGAAGGGCGACGCCCUCCAGCGGGCCAUGGACAACCGCUGCCUUGGCGACGUCUGCAAGAGCCUGGACACACAGGCGCCCGAGAAGGCGGCUGAGUGCGUCAAGAGAAAGACCGUCACUGAAGACGUCGACAGCUGGCUGACGGAGCUUCCCGGAAUGACCAUGUGAAAGUAAUAUUUGGUUGUACAAACCAGAAAGUUGACGUCGGCUGAAUUAGACUGGUAUCGAGAGAUAUAACAGAGGGAUAAAAAAGCUCCUAUGAGGAUCUUAAUUGUUUGGUUGGCGAUGGAACGACCUAACCCAUAUAGAUUCAUCAACU